AUGGCGGAUUUUAAAAGGAAAUCCUUUCCCUACGUCCUUACCAAACCCGAAACCGAGGAGGAAGAGGAAGAUGAUGAUGAAGAAGAUGAUGAUGAUGAUGAAGAACAACAACAACAAUAUUCUUGUUCCCUUGGUAGUUCCUUUCGAUCCUUACCCGUAUCCUCGAGAACGUUCACGUGGCCGACGGAAAGGAAAAAAAAGAAAAAAAAGAAAAAGAAAAAAAAAAAAAUUUUCAUCGAUCGAUUAUACGAAUCGGAAAUGAAAGGAUCCAAUUAUUCGGAUGAAAGAGAACCGGAAAUGGAAUGUUUGAGAAACGGACGAUAUUAUUCGGGUUCCGGUUUGUCGAUGACAUACGACUUAAUUAAUAAUUCCGACGAAUAUUUUUUUCGAAUGAAAUAUGAUGAUGAUGAUGAUGAUAAUUCGAGAAAAAGAGGAGAAAGAAUCGGAAAUUAUCGAUCCUAA